AUGCCCUGCCCACCUGCCACGACCACCGUGCAGUCGUCGACACUACAAGCAGAGGUGGAGAAGCGCGCCCAGCGCAUGGCGCUGCUGCAGGCCAAGCUGCAGCGGACCCGCUUCACCCUGACGGAACUGCAGGCCUCCCAGCAGCGCCUCCGCACCUCCACCGACAAGGUGGAGAGCCUGAACGCGCAGCUCAACAAGGAUGAGCGCUCCAAGGCGAGGCGCGCUUCGCUGGGCGCCCUGCGCGGCGAGCUGAACGAAGCGCUGUCAGUGAUGAAUGCCGCCUCGCGGCGCGUGGAACAGAUGGAGGCCAUCACUGACAUGCUGGUCAGCCAGCUGGCCGAGAGGGAGGCCCAGCUAGGCGAGGCGCAGGAGGCCGCACGCUGCGCUGAGUCGCAGCACGCCCAGGAGGUGGCGGCCCUGACCGGCGAGCGUGAGGGGCUGAUCGACCAGGUGGCCUCCUCCCAGGAGCGCCUGGCCGACCUCGAGGCCCGGGACGCAGAGCUGGGGCUGAAACUGGACGAGGCGGCACGCCGCGCGGCCACACUGGGCGCGGCGUUGCGGGGCGCCGAGGCUGAGCGCGACGCCGCGGUGGCGCGCGAGCGGGAGGCCCUACGCGGCGCCAUGGCCGAGGCACAGCAGGCGCAACACGACCUCGUGCUGCAGCUGCAGGCCAAGGAGGAGGCACUGGCGGCGGCGCUGGAGCAGGCCAAGAUGGGCACGCCCGUGGGUGAGGGCGCCAAAAAGGUGCUGCCCAUGGCCUUCCAGCGCAUCAAGUGCGUUCAUUUGGAGAGCAGGGCGCCCGAGCGCCCUGGCGGCCUGGCCAAUGUACUGUUGGCCACCCAGCAGCAGCUGGCGGAGGAGAAGGCGCAGCGCGAGGGCGCCGAGACGGCUGCCCAGCAGGCGCAGCGCGAGCGCGAUGAAGCCAUCAAUACCCUGGAGAGCAAGAUCUCCGCCAUGGACGCCGAGAGGCAGCGCCAGGUGGCAGAGAAGCACGCCUCCCUGGAGAGCAUGGUGCGCGCCGCAGCCGCCGCCACCACGGAGGCGGCCAUGAAGGCCGAGGCCCUCAAGAAGCUGAGGAUCGAGCAGGAGGCCCUGGAGGCUCGCCUGGCCGCCAGCGAGGGACAUGGCGCGGAGGUCGCCGCCCGACUCGCGGCGCGCGACGCUGAGGUGGGGACCCUGUCACGCCAGGUGGCGGACCUGGAGGCGCUGUCCGCCCAGGCCGAGGCCGGCCUGCGCGGCCUGGGCGCCGAGCUGGCGGCCGCGCAGGGCCGGGCGGAGGCGGGUGCCGUCGCGGUCGACGCGCUGUCCACACGCCUGGCCGCGGCCGAGGCCGGCGCCGCCGACGCGGUGGCGGCCGCGCGGGGCGCCGCCGAGGCCCUGGAGGCCGCCCGGCGCGAGGGCGCCGACCUGCGCGACGAGCUCCGCGCCGAGCGCCGGGAGCGCGGCCUGCUGGCCGGCGAGCGCGACGAGCUGCAGCGAAGCGUGGACGCGCUGAAGGCCGAGCGCGCCUGCGCCAUGGCGGAGGCCGCCGGCCUGCGCGCCGAGAUCGACGCCGUGCGCGCCCAGCAUGCCGCGGAGGCCGACCGCGCCGCGCUCGAGCUGGCGACCGCGCAGCGAGAGCACGAGGCCUCGCUGGCGGAGGCCGCCGCCGCGCGCUCCAGCGCGGCGGCCCUGGAGCGGCUGGUGUCCGAGCUGGAGGCCCGGGCGGGGAGCCUGGACGAGGAGCGGGCAGCGCUGGAGUCCCGGCUGGGCGAGACCGAGGGGCGGCUGGCCGAGGCACGUGCCCAGGGCACGCCGGCGGGCGAGGGAGCCAAGACGGUUUCGCGCCUGGCCCUGCAGCGCGUCCGCGACCUGCAGGAGGUGGAGGCUGGCUUGCGCGCGGAGCUGGCAGCCAAGGCCGCGGCGCUUGAGCAGCUGGAGGGCGAGCUGGCGCGCCUGCUUUGCGACACGCAGGCGCUGCAGGAGGCCGUGGCCGGCCUGGAGGCGGGCGUCGCCGAGUCGGCGGCGGCCGUGACGAAUCUGGAGCGGCGGCUGGAGGAGAGCGCCGCGCGCCGAGCGGAACUGGAGGCGGCGCUGGCCGCCGCGCGCGCCAUGGCGACGGGCGAGGGCCAUCGUGCCGACGCCGCGGCGGCCGAGAUCGUGGCGCUGCGGUCCGAGCUGGCCGGCGCAGGUGGGGCCCUGGAGGCCGCACGCGCGGCGCACGCACGCGACCAGGAGGAAGGCGCGGCACGGUGCGAGGAGCUGGCCGCCCGCCUGGCCGAGGUACGGGAGGCCGGGCGGCAGCUGGCCGAGCUGAAGAGCGGGGCCGAGGCGCGCGCCGCGGCCCUGGAGUCGGAGCUGGAGGAGCUCAAGCAAGCUCCCCCUGCGGGCACGCCGGUGGGCAAUGCCAGCAAGCAGGUGGUGCGCCUCAGCUUCGCCAAGAUUCAGGAGAUGCGGGAGCGCGAGGCGGAGCAGGGGGAGCGCGUGGCCGCGCUCGAGGCUUCGCUGGAGGAGGCGCGGGCCAAGCUGGCGGAGGCGCAGGCCGCGCUGCAGACCAGGGAGACGGCGCUGCAGGCGCAGCUAGAGGGCAAGGACCAGGAGCUGGCCGCGGCGCGGACCUCGGCCGCCGCGGCCGCCGCGGCGCUGCAUGCCCGGCUGGACGAGGCGCUAGCCGGGGCGCGCGUGGCGCAGGAGGCGCACGCCGCGGUUCAGGCCGAGCCGGAGGCCCACCUGCAGUCCAAGGCCGCGCUGCAGGCCGAAAUAGAGAGCCUGAGGGACACGGUGGCGCACUUGGGCACCCUGUUUUACACCGCCGACGCGACGCUGGCGGCCCAGACCGCCGCCCAGGAGGGGAGCGAGACGGAGUGGGUGGCGCAGCUAUGCGCAGCACGGUCGGACCGCGACGCCGCCGAGCUGGAGCGCGCGGGGCUGGAGCGCGACCUGCAGGCCGCACUGGAGCGCCUGGCAGCCAAGGAGGCCGAGGUGGAGGAGGCGCGGGGCGCCCCCACGCCCAAGGGCGAGGCCGCCAAGCAGGUGGCCUCCCUGUCCAUGCGUCGCAUCGCCGAGCUGCAGAGCGAGCUGGCAGCGCACGAGGCCGCGGUCGCCGCCGCUGGCGAGCGCUCGGCGGCGCUGGCCGCCGAGCUGGAGGCUACCCGCGCCGAGCUGGCCGCCGCCCAGGCCGCCGCCCAGGCCGAAUCUGGGAGCCUGGCAGAGGAGCUGGCAGCGCUGCGCGCCAGGGUGGCGGCCGACAGCGAGAACGCCGCUGUGGCCAAGACCCAAAUGGAGACCCUGGAGGCUGCGCUCGCCGCAGCGCGAUUGGAGGCCGCCUCGCUCUCGGCGGCGCGGGCCGGCGCCAUGGGCGACAGCGCGCCGCGCUCGCCAAACACCGCCGCCGUGGCCCCCCUGCAGGCAAGCCCGGCGGCGCCGGUCCUGCUCCCAAACCUGCUCAUGACCUGCCUGCUGGGGGCGCUGUCCUUUGCCCGGAUCGCUGAGCUGGAGGAGCAGCUGGCAGACCAGAUGCGCCAGGGGGAGGCGGCGCAGGAGGGCACGGAGCAAGCCAGGCAGGAGCUUGCGAGCGCCCAGGCCGCUCGCCGCGCCGCGGCUGAGAGCUCCGCCGAGGUCGCGCGCCUGGAGCACGAGCUGGCGGUUUCGAGCCGGCAGGUGGAGGAGCAGCGGGCGCUGCUGACCCAUGUGACCGAGGCCCUGGCGCUGCAGCGCGAGGCCACCUCGCUAACUCAGCGUCUGGGCGACGAGAGGGCGGUCGAGCUGGCCAAGCAGCUGGAGACGGCGCGGCGGGCUUCCGCCGAGUCGGGGCUCAGGCUGCAGCAGGCGGAGCGGGAGCUGGCGGGCGCGGCCCGCACCAAGCGCCAGCAUGCGGAGCUGAGCGCCACCUUCUCCGCCGCCCGCGCCAAGGCUGAGGCGCUGGCGGUGGAGCUGAACGCGCUCAAGGCGGAGAAGGCGCUGCGCUCUUCUUCGACGGCGCAGGCGACUGCGGAGGUCGAAAGGGCCAGGCGGCGCGAGCAGGCCGGGGAGCGCCGGGCCGAGGCGGAGGCGGCGCGGCGCAUCGAGCUGGAGGCCGCCCUGCGUGCCAGCCGGGUCGAGGCCCAGCGCGCGGGGCGCGCCGCUGAGGCGGCCGAGGCGGAAGCUGCACGGAAGCUGCAGGCCCUGGCCUCUGAGCACUCCCAGCGCGAGCGCGUGCUGCGCCUGGUCGCCUCGCUGGCCUGUGGCGCCCUGUUGGCGCUGGGGUCGGCAUGGAUGGUCCAGCAGGGGAAGUGCGAGUGA